ACGCUUCCUUUUCCGGGUCGGGGAAGGAAGAGAAUCACUUCCGGGGCGGGUGACGUCACUUCCCUCGAGUUUGGCGUUUGGUGGGUGGGGUCCCACGCGGGUUCAACAUGAGAAUCGAGAAGUGUUACUUCUGUUCAGGGCCCAUCUACCCGGGCCACGGCAUGAUGUUCGUCCGCAACGAUUGCAAGGUUUUCAGAUUCUGUAAAUCCAAGUGUCAUAAAAACUUUAAAAAGAAGCGCAAUCCUCGCAAGGUCCGGUGGACUAAAGCGUUCCGAAAGGCAGCUGGUAAAGAGCUGACAGUGGACAACUCGUUUGAAUUUGAAAAACGUAGAAAUGAACCUGUUAAAUACCAGCGAGAACUAUGGAAUAAAACAAUUGAUGCAAUGAAGAGAGUGGAAGAGAUCAAACAGAAACGUCAAGCUAAAUUUAUAAUGAACAGAUUGAAGAAAAAUAAGGAGCUACAGAAAGUUCAGGACAUUAAAGAAGUCAAGCAAAACAUCCACCUUAUCCGGGCCCCUCUCGCAGGCAAAGGAAAGCAGCUGGAAGAAAAAAUGGUACAGCAGUUACAACAGGAUGUGGACAUGGAGGAUAUUUCCUAGAAAUCUCACUGCCUAUAGCCUUUUGUAUAUGCAUUUAAAAAUCUGUGCAGACUUAGAACUUCUAAAUUAUUGAUUUGUUACAUAUGGUCACUUGGAUGGAAGGCUAUUAAAAAUACUUUUCUCCU